AUGGCUGCCUCUCUCAUCUAAACCUCUGCUCAAAGGAUUAAAUGAGGAUGAAAUAAACAGCAGAAUUCGCAGUCUCGCUUCAAGACAAUACUGAUGAGCGCCAGGGCGUAGUUUGUGCAGCGCCUUCAUAAAGAUGUUGUGGCUGCCAGAGAGGGAAAAUGUAUGCGAUUCGAAAUUAACCCUUUCCAGUCCAACAUCCACCAACAAAUAAGACAAUGAUGCAUCAAGUGACCAGCAGCAACAGUGACUAUUGUAUGGGUGGACUGGCAGAGGACUGUCAUCCAGCCAGCCACUUUGAUCUAUGUAGCACACAAUCCAACAAAUUCUACACCUCUCCCACAGCCUCUGGUUUGCAGCUGUCCCUUGCGGGCCUAGGCCCUUUGCCACAGGGCAUGCACAAAUCCAUGGCAUGUCAAAUGCAAGACACCCAGAAUGACUUCCAGCCUCAGACGGUGAAAGUCAGAGGCAGCGAGGUCGCAGGGUCUGAUGGCUCUAAGAAGAAGAAGGGCAUGGUGAAGUCGGGGCGGAGAGGAAGGCCAUCAGGGACCACAAAGUCAGCCGGUUACCGCACAAGUACUGGACGUCCACUCGGAACAACUCGGGCAGCUGGAUUCAAAACCAGCCCAGGGAGGCCCCUCGGUACCACCAAGGCAGCAGGGUAUAAGGUUAGCCCCGGCAGGCCCCCCGGCAGCAUCAAGAGUCUAGCUCGGCUCAAGAAGCUUGACUUAAGCAACUGCAGUGUUCCCAAGAAACUGGACUUCACUAGCUGUGAUGUUCCACCUUUUCCAUACACCAUGAUGGAGAAAAGACCCCUCUGUGAGCCCAGUGGCAAAGUGGAUGAAAGCAAUGAAUAGUUCUGCAGCUUUCAAAAACAUUUGAGUGCAUGAGCAAGAGGAUCCUUAGCAAAACAUUUCUCUCAAAUGUUGGAGGAAAGAACUUUUUGUCGUUUAGGAACAGCCCUGACUGAGUUUUCAUUGUACAGUGUGUGACAUUGUCUUCAUCCUCAUAACAAAUGACUGAAUUAGAAGUACGUAUGUUAUUCCACUUUGGCAGAGAUGCAUGCAUAUGAAUUAAUCACACCGGUCCGUAUAGCCAAAAAUGUAUUUAUCAGUUUGUGGUUCAAGCCUCACUAGAGAGUGGAUCUUUUUUUCCCCUCAAGCAUUUUAUUCCUCUGAAUUGUGACACGUUCUCUUACUCUGCUUUAAUAUUUCUAUGGCCAGGUUCUUGUGACAUUUUCUACAUUUAUAAAAACUGCAUUUUAGUAGAACCAGCCAGUCAAAUCAGCUUUUUCCUGAGCAUAAAUAUGUGGCUGUGUACUUGUCCUUUCUGUGUUGUCCGGCUCAGUAUGUGUUUUAUUUGGUGAUAUUAUCCUAGCAUCAUGCCUAAAAUGGGAACACUGCGAUACAUUUUUAAUUAGCUUGAACUGGUAAAACUCAAUACAUAACAUCCUUUUGAACACGGUAUUUGUUAUUUCUGCACUUUGUGAAUAUAGUUUUGAUUAUGUAUUGUAACAGCCUGUUUUGUCCCCAAACUCACUUGAUAAGCACUUCCAGAUUUACAUGUGUUGUUAUGCUGAUCAUUAGAAAAAAAUGACUUCGUAAAACAGAAAAAAAAGCUUUGUGGAAUCUGUAAUCAAUGCUAAUGUGUUGUAUGUGAAACCAAAAUAAAAGAAAGAAAUUGUCUU